GCACUGUUUUUCAUCCGGCCAGGCCCGUGAAGGAGCGACAUCUAUAACGGUUUGAAUAUUCCUGCUGUUUCCUGCUAGUUGUAAGAGAUUCCCCACACGCCGGGAAGCCCUAGCGGAGAGGAAUGAGAGGGUUGAUUGGCGGCGUUUUGGCACUCGCGCUCUGGGGCGCCCUGGCCGGCGCGCCGGCCGGCGGAACUCGCCUGCGUGGCCGGGCGCCGCUGGCCGGGUCGCGGCGGCUCCUCUACCACGGUGAUGACUACGGCUACGUCGACGACGGCUACUAAGGCGAACGCCGGCUUCUUCGUUCCGUCCGACGGCGCGUCAAGGCCCCAGCAGUGCCCGGCGGGGAAAUUCUUGGGCACGUCCGGCGCUCGCGAGUGCGAAGACUGCUCAAAAGGCACGUACGCCAACUCACCGGGCCAGACGAGCUGCAGGCCUGCCUCCGCGGGACAUUUCGUCGGGAAGUCCGGCGCGACGACGCAGAAGAAAUGUGACGCGGGCGCUUACUCGAGUGGCGCGGGCAACGACGCCUGCGAGCCCUGCGAGCCGGGAAAGUUCUCCUCUAAAACGGCGACGGCUGAUUGUAGCCUCGCGGCGAGAGGCCACUUCGUCGCCGGCGAGGGCGCCACGGCCACUGCGGCCGCGACUACCGCGACCAGGUCCUCUGCGGCGUCUACCUGGCCAAGCCCUGAGCGGGCGGUCAUCACACCGACGGCCGGGAGCGGUCGUCGACAUACAUUCCUUCCCCUACCCUUUGUCCUGGACGUUCGGUCCCUUGCUGCCCCAUAUAGGACUUCCUCGGCGUCGUCGCGACGCUAGGCGCUCUCACCGCCUAAGAAUGUCGAGGAACACG